AUGCCUUCCACUGUCCGGUCACCGGAGGACGGCUCCGCCGCCCAGCCUGCCGCUUCAUUGCACGCCACCACCCUUGCAAAGCUCAACGGGAAUGGUCAAGCUGGGGCUGUUAAUGGCAGUCCCCACAGCGGCGGUCAAGGUGUCAGCGGCCCAGAGUUCCCAGAGCUUAAAGCGCCUCGACCGAAGUACGCCACUGCGGCACCUCCCAACAUCUUCGUUCCUCGCCUGAACCGACCGUACGAUGAACAACACGAAGCCUCCACACGCGAGUCAACACCUCAGUCUUCUCCGUUGGAAUCCAAAUUCAGUCCUCCGGCCAGUGGACGGCCCUCGACCUCGUCAUCCCCGUCCACCACAUCGCGGCGGGACCGGGUGGCCCAGCUAGGAGGUUCCCCGUCUGGGUCACCAUUGGCGAGAAAUGACGGCUUCCCCUCGGAUAACGUCCGGAUGCCGGCCCGUCGCUCGACCACGUCUGACCGGAAUCGACCCUCUACCCUUGCUCCUAUUCAGCCCUGCCGUCACACUUCCUUGCAGUACGGAAGGCGACCAACCCUUGUGACGGGCGGGUACGAGUCGAGCACGGACGAGGAUGAUCCAGCCCAAGCUCUAGGCACCGGCGCACGGUCACCAACCCGUAGGCUAACAAUUACGCCGACACGAUCAAACUCCACUGCCAGCUCAGCCCAUGCCGCCCACGGACAUGGGGCCUACGUCCCUAGCCCGCCGCAGAACUCUCGCACCGUGAGUGGAACGUUGAGUCUACCUCAUCAACAACUCGCAUCCUCAAGUAGUCGUCGACGCGCGCAAAGCUUGAUCUCGCCAGCACUGGCUGACCAGUCGGCACCGCCUACUCCUCGUCGACAGUCACGUCUGCGCUCAUCAGUCGGCCUUGGUUCUCCGAUGUCCACUCGGGGCGCGGGCACCGGCUCGUCCCCUCGACUGGAUGGCGGUGCUUUCGCCCCUCGAGUCGACGGCCCUACGCUGAGAGAUACGAGGUCUGGCUCUCUCCGAGGUUUCCGAGACGCUGUCCAAGAGGAGCCGGAGCGAGAACGGUCACCGGCUACGAGUAACACCGAGAAGCGGCGCAGCAAGCGGCACUCUCAUCAUGGCAAUCCCCUCACCGCAAGUCUCGGUUUGGGUCAGUCUCCCCAGCAGCAGAUUCUGUCCCCGGAUCAACUGCAAGAUCUGCUUGGUAAUGCGGACCUCGCCUCAGCCUUGCAGCUCAUGUCGCCUCCGGCUCCUGCACCGGCUACUCGAGGCAUCCCAGCGGUAUUUCCUACCGCGCACGAGCCCCCGCAGCCGGCACAUGAUUCCGAAUCCGAACUACCUGAAGACGCAACUGUCACCUCGCCUCUCAAGCCCUUCCUUGUCUCCGCACCGCCUGCUCUCACGAAUGGAGAAUGGCCCGGCCGCCCGAGGGCUCCCUCGACUGCGUCAAGCUUCAUGGGCCCGUCGAGCUUCGGCACCCACGGACCUGGCCGCUUCGCCGGCCCCAGGCACCGCACUGUGUCCGCGUCCACCUCCGUCGACAGCGACGGCUUCCCCCAGGCCCCAAGCUCACAGCUGCAAAGCGACGACAACAUCGAUGAGUGCAGGGAGGAGGAGGAGCAGCAGGAUGACAGUGUCUAUGUUGUUCCGGAAGCAGACGAGGCGCCGCAUCAUCAGCAACCUCCGACCCACGACAGGACUGCAGCUCACAUGCCUGCAAGUGCCGAAGAAGGCGUGUCUGAGACGACACGGACAGUCAGGCCGACGCACUCCAAGGAACGCAAUCGGAUCAGCAGCUUCUUUGGAUUGCGCAAGAAGGAUAAAGUCCCAUCCUCGCCGCCCGCUUCUGCAGGAGCACAGCCUGCAACGUUACCUGGUCCUUCUAGCAAUCCUCCACAGCAAUUCGAAGCCGCCGCCGUUCAACGUCGAAUUGAUCCGGAGGAAGAAAUGCGUCGAGCAGAGCAGCAGCGUCGCGAAGAGGAGCUUGCACAAGAGCGCCGCUACAAGGCCUUGAUGCAGAUCCACGCUCAUCCCGCCGCAUCUCGUCGUGCCCAGAAGGUCUCCACGCACCUUGACGCGUACUACAGUCUCAUCUACGAUGGCAUCAACAACCCGCCAAAGAUGAACCCGCUGGCCGUGCUCAGGUGGAAGAAGCGGAACAAUGAUCAGAAGGAGGCGCGCGCCAAGUGGGAAGCAGAAAACUUGAAACCGCCAUCGGUCGGCACAUCGGCGUCACCGUCGAGACCAGGCCACAUCAGCCGUAAUAGCUUCAGCUCCUCUUACAACAGGGCACUCAGCCCACGACCCUCGGGCGGUAUCGCGGAGGAGGAAGCCCGCGUAGCACCUGGAUGGUACUACUCUCUGAACGACGUCGUGGCGUACAAUGCCUGUGGCGGCCGAGUCGACUUCUUCAUUCCGCCUGCCCCUCCGGCCGAGGAGCCAAAGCGCGACGACCGAUCUGCGGACCUCUCGAUGUCUGUCAAGUCUAGCCAGAGUCACGACGGCCGUUCGCAUCGACCUUCGUUCGGAUCAGAUGACCGUGGUCGGGAUCUGCCAUACAUACCUAAUAUGGUAUCCGAACCGCCGCGGCCUUCCAGCAGUUCGCUCAUCCUUGGUCCCGACAACCAUUACCUGUCACAGGAGGACCUUACGCAGCCUCCAACACCCGAUCGCUCGCGAGGCGGGUCAGUUGAUCACGGCACGCACCAGCAAGUGCAGCAGCAUCAACAUCAGCAGCAACAUCAGCGGCACCGCCAUGCGCAUAGCAUGUCGGGUGCAGCACAGCCAAGCACUCUUCAGGCACUGCGAGCCUUUCCUAAACAUCUGGGAAACUCGGCCUUGGCGAAACUAUCGUCUGCUGUAGAUGGACCGGACGAGUAUGGCUCGAAGAGGCUCGCUUCCGAAUCGCCCGGUUUGUCCUCCAAGGGCCACAAUCGCUCCCAGUCGCUUGCGCAUAACCAUCCUCGGACCAGGGAUCGCAUUCGAAACAAGUUCGGCAACAUGCGCUCCACUAACGACAACAACGCUACAACCGGGACGUCUGAAGAUGAGCCCCACCACUUGCGCAAAUUAAUUGCUAGAGGUCAACGGCGGGUAGAGGAAUGGGCUCAACGACCGAACAGCGCCGAUAAUGGCGACCAAAUAUACCUGGAGCAGCGCAACCUCGAGGAGACAUUAAGGCGCGAACGCGAGAACAGGGAGCGUCAAAUGAAGCGACGCCCCACUAUCGUGGAGCAGGAAGCUGAGAAGCGCUUAGGCGAGCUCGACGAGGCGCUGUUUGUGCAGAAAGACGACGAGUUGAAGAUGGCCAGACAGCGCCUCAUCCAGCUCGACGACGGCGAGGAACAGAUGGUAACAAGCGUCGCGCACUACCUCGCCCAGCUUGGUCAAGUCACGGCGAUGUUUGCUUCCGCCGCCGACGUCGAUGUCCGAUUCGACAACCUGCCUCCGGCCCCGAAGUUGUCUCCGCUCGAUGAUGACGAAGACGAGGACGAGACCGCCGAUGAGCUGUACCCGUUGCGAUCUGAUUCCGAAACUGGCUACCGCCAUCCGUUCCGUCCACGGCGUCAGGGCACGCUUCCUCCGAACAACCUACCUGUUUUCGCCAUGGGGAUGCAGGCGGCAUGGCCAAAGCGCUCUGUCGUGGACCCGGUGCUGUGUGAGCCCGUGGAUCCAAUCAAGCGUCUUGAGUUAUCAUGCGACAAAGCGAGGGCUGUUCAGAAAGACAUGGCGAAUUCGCGGGUGAAUGCGACGAAGGCCCUGGAUCAGAUGGUUGAGACGGUGAACCAGCUGAUUCGGCAGAAGGAUAUCAUCCGCAACUGGGUCAAGAACCAGCUGGAUGUGAUCCAGGGCUUAAAGGACGAGAAGGCGAACGUGCAGCUCAAGAUCAGGGGCGGGAUCAAGCCUCGCCUGUGGACCUGGCGUUUCCAGGAUGUCGCCAUCGACGCGGGCGCGCGCACCGUCAUGUCCUUCUUAAGCUACCUCAUCAGAACAUACAACUUUGGCCGCAAGAUCAUGAGCGCCGGCUGGCUCGGGUGGGCCGUCAUUGUCGCUGGGAUCGCCAUGGUCGGCUUCUUCUAUUACGUCGGGGAUACCUAA